GACGACGAUGCCCCCUCGAUCCCGCAACUUGUGCCAUGUCUGUAACGAAACCGAAUCAAAAUAUACAUGCGCAAAAUGCAGAGCAACCGUCUACUGUUCUGUUGGAUGCUAUAAACGCCACAAAGAAUCUUGCGGCUCUACUGAAACUUCAGCUGUGACUCGCGAAACAGUACCACCUUCAUCCGCAGAAGAGACUCUCGAUGAUCCAAAGCCACUACGCCCUCUCACUUCUCUCAAUUGGCCAUACGUACCCGAAGAAUCGGCAUAUCCCGACCCCUUGAAACGUGAUGACCCACGGCCAAUACAACUUCACCAAUACGAAGCCAUCGCUACUUCCGCUGCUGUGCGUCACGCCCUGGAGUCGAAUCCUCGUCUGCCAGAGCUCCUCACUUCCAUAGACAAGCUCAGAGGUGCAGAUAGAGAGGAUGCCUUACAUCGCGCCCUUGGAGUUGACACUAGGCAGCUCAAGAACGACUUAUUGGGACCUCAAGAGUUGGACGAAGACACCAAGAUGCUGAGGCAACUCGCAGAAGCCGUGGAAGCUGCUGUACGAGGAGGGAAAGAAGGAGUGCUGGGUCUCGAUUGGGACGAAUGACCAACAUAAUCAAACGGUGGAAUAUGCCAGAGUAUA